UCCCGCCCGGAGCUGCGCCGGGCAUGCGCGCGUGGUACGCGCUUCGCAUAGCGCUGCUAUUGGCUCCCUGCCGCGUUUCGGCGGCCGGAAGCGGAAGGUUGUCCGUAUGCGUUCAUUUCCGGCGAGUGGGUGCGCGGGUUGAUUCGUUCUGCCCGGGUGACUCGGCCGCCGCUCUUCGGAAAUGGCGGGGCUUACUGCUAUGGAGAAGAAACUGGCUGAAUACAAGUGUAAUACAAAUGAAGCAAUUCAGCUGAAACUAGUUCGCUUUCCUGAGGAUUUGGAGGAUGACAACACAACGUUUAAUCCAGAGUAUAGCCAUCAAGUGUUUGGAGACGAUGAAAUCGCCUUUGGCUACAAGGGAUUGAAGAUCCUCUUGUACUAUAUUGCUGGUAACCUGUCAACGCUGUUCCGCAUUGAAUAUACAUCUAAAGUUAAUGAAAAGUUUGACUGUGUGGAGGCAGAUGAUGUUGAAAGUAAAAUUAGAGAAAUCAUUCCUCCUGGUUUUUGCACAAACACAGAUGACUUUGUGUCUCUGCUGGAGAAGGAGGUCAACUUCAAGCCCUUUGGAAUGCUGCUACACACAUAUUCUGUCCAUAAUGAGGAAGCUGGUGAAGAUAUAACAUAUCAGAUAUACAAGGCUGACAUGACAUGUCCAGGCUUUCGAGAAUAUCAUGAAAGGCUUCAGACGUUCUUGAUGUGGUUUAUUGAAACUGCUAGCUUUAUUGAUGUAGAUGAUGAAAGAUGGAACUACUUUCUAGUAUUUGAGAAGUAUAAUAAGGAUGGAGCUACGCUCUUUGCGACCGUAGGCUACAUGACAGUCUAUAAUUACUAUGUGUACCCAGACAAAACCCGGCCACGUGUAAGCCAAAUGCUGAUCUUGCCACCAUUCCAAGGAGAAGGCCAUGGUGCUCAGCUUCUUGAAACUGUUCAUAGAUACUAUAUGUCUUCUCCAACAGUACUUGAUAUAACAGCUGAAGAUCCGUCUGAAAACUAUGUGAAGCUAAGAGACUUCGUUCUCGUAAAGCUUUGUCAAGAUUUGCUUUGCUUUUCACCAGGAAAGUUAAUGCAAGGUUUCAGUCAGGAAAUGGUGACCGAAGCUCAACAAAAACUGAAAAUAAACAAGCAACACACGAGACGCGUUUAUGAAAUUCUCCGAUUGCGUGCAACAGAUAUGGGUGAUGCAGAACAGUCCAGAAGUUAUCGGUUGGACAUUAAAAGACGACUGAUUGGUCCCUAUAAGUUAUGCAGUGUUCAACAGACGCAUAUACAGAUGCAGAGAUUGUUCAUACACAGCAGUGCUGAAGAUCCUGUGUUUGGCUUCUGUUUGCUGCCCAGUUCCUGCAGAAAGUUACUACUAAGCUUAUGUCGUCUAACUACAAGUGGCAUGAUACCCAGAAAAAACAGAGAGAACUUGCCAAGAUGAGGAGGUGUUUAAGACCAGAGGAGCUGACGAAUCAGUUGAACCAGAUAGACCUGAACAUGCAACAUGAACAAUUAGAAGAGAGCUUCCAACAGCUUGUUUCAGAUUAUCGAAGAGUCCUAGAACGAAUUGCACAAGCAUGAGGAUCCUGCCUGGACAGAAAACUUGCAAAUUUAUAUACAGUGUUAUAAAGCACAUCCUUAAUUGCCACUUAACUGCAAAAAAUCUCAAGUGACGUUUUAAUCACAUUAAAAGUGACUUGUGUUUCUGUGCAUUUUGAAUAUUUUCUAUUUUUUUUUUUGUUGUAGAUUUUUAAAUGUUGUACUUCAGGUUUGGGGGCACUUAUUGCUGAAAUAAACAAUGUAGAUUCUCAGAUA